GAGCUUUACAUUUUCAAGGUUUCUUUACGUGGUAUUCCCAGAGCAGGGUUCGCCAUUGUAUGUAGCCUUUUGUUUUUCUGCAAAAACAAUUGUCACAGCAAGGAGAAACAGAAAGGCCCACCUGGAAUAUCUCAAUUUGACGCAUUUCUGCAAAGAGGCAAAUGGACAUCAUUUUAGGUGACAUGGCACAAAACUCGCAUUCGUACUUCCGUCCCAAUUGGCAUGCCGCCGCAUCUUCUUUAUACUGUCACCAGCUUGAACCUUUUGUAGAUAUGUUAGGCUCUUGUAUUUCUGAUUGCUUGACAAAUCGAAAGUCACAAUUAGAUCUUUUAGCAGAAGUUGUGGAGGAAGUUAUACUAGUCGCAUGGUUCAAUGGAGACUUGAGAAACUUUCCCAUGUUUGGAGGUCAAAGCAACUCGUGUAGGCAACCAUGCAUGAUUUCAGAGUCGAAGCUGAUGCUGUAAUCAUAAAUUUCACCUUAGCUGCUUUACUGUAAAUGCCUUUCUGUGCUCGCUUCUUCUGUAAGGGGCUAUCAGAUUAGUUUGUCAGCAAUAUUUAAUAUGGUUCACUUUUUUGUUGCUUUCCUAUUACCGUAACCAAAUUGGUUUUGUAGGAUCAAACCAAGCAGUUUCAUACAUUGCAUGCAUUGUUUCAUCAGCAUUUCAGAUGGAAAAUGGGCCUUGAAUUGUCUUCUAAGCCAAUGGAUUUUUCUAGAAUCUGAAGUGCAAUAGAAAAUUUCUGAAUUGAUCUACACAAAGAGUAAACAUUUUUUCUGUUGGAUGCUGGAAGUGCCUCUUAUACCCUGCAAAGUUGCAAUAUGUGGUGUCAUCAAAUACUUCUUAUAUAUAAUUAUAAGUUUAUCUACACCCCAAGGCUAACCAGUUGAUGAAUUAAUAUGGUGCUAACUACACGUUUAGAAUCUAAACCCAGUCAACACCCUGGUCCGAUGAUCCAAAAUUGGAAACUAUGUAGUCAUCUAACGUUGAUCAAAUAAAGAAGAACACAGUAUAUUUUCGAUAAGUAAUGAAAAAAAAUACACUUCUACCCUUUCACAGUUCUGUAUGCACAUUAACUCUUAAAAAUGGCUGCAUCUUAGAACAAUGACACUGAAUCUGUAUAGCUCAUCUUCAAUAUAAAGAUUAAAAGUAACAUGAGUGUUCUUUCGUCCUCUGUUGUUAUUUGAUUAUCUUUUGACUUUUGGAGGUGUUUUCAAAUUUGAGAAUCCAGUAAACGCAGUGUACAUAUAUUGAAAGUAUUCCACAUGAUUUUCAACAAUAAUAUUUUCUUUUCAGAUUUGCUGAUGAUUGCAACACUUGCAAAGAUAUAGGGUGAAGGAAUCAGAGCUGACUGUGAGGGCCGCUGAUGCGCAAUGUUAUUGCAACUGGCAACAUGGUCCGAAGUGGCAAUUUCAUUCAGAAGCAAAGCUCUAGUAAGGAAAUUGGUCGAGGUUGGGACAGGGAUGAUUGACGGUGAAAUGGGUGUUAAUUUUUCUCGCAGCCCAUUCUCAAAGUUUUUAUUUGCAAAUGUAAGAGAUUGGAGUAUUUUUAUUGAAAGGAGAUGACAUGUUCUCAGAAUAGCCAAUCUAAGUUCCUCCAAGUUUUUUAUUUUUAUUUUUUCAAUUUAAGCAAUCUGUGGUCUUAGAUUGAUCUGGUGGUGCAAAUCAGUCCUGGUUUCUUUUCCAAAAUGUCAUCAAUUGGAACCUUGUAAUUGAGAGCAAUAUGCUAAAUGUUGUUGGAUUGGAUCUAUCCUCUUCAUUGUAAACCUAAUGUCUACGAGGCCUUCAAGGUGUUUAUGCCAAA